CGUUUACCGGUUGGGGAGGGACUAGGGCUGGAAUUGUCGCCGCAGACGUUUUGGAUUUAACAAACCUAAAGAGUUUAAUGCUGUGAGAUCGUCCGUGCAGCGCUCCGCCAUGAAGGUGCUUCUGAUCUGUAUUCUGCUGGGAAUAGCUGGUGCGUUACCCAUCGAUGAUGAUAAAAUUGUUGGAGGUUACACAUGCGCCAAGAAUUCAGUUCCGUAUAUCGUGUCUCUGAACAUUGGCUACCAUUUCUGCGGGGGGUCCCUGAUUAAUAGCCUAUGGGUGGUCUCUGCUGCUCACUGCUACAAAUCGAGCUUCCAAGUGCGUCUGGGGGAACAUAACAUCGCGGUGAGCGAAGGCUCAGAGCAGUUUAUCCAAUCCGCCAAAAUCAUCAGACAUCAAUGGUAUGACUUCAAGACUCUCGACAAUGACAUCAUGCUGGUCAAGCUAGCUUCUCCCGCCACCUUGAACGCCUAUGUCAACACUGUGGCCCUGCCGACCAGCUGUGCACCCGCCGGAACGAGCUGCCUCAUCGCUGGUUGGGGCAACACACUCAGCGUUAGCACCAACUACCCCGACCUCCUUCACUGUCUAAACGCCCCCAUCCUGACCUACACCCAGUGCGAUAAUUCCUACCCUGACGAAAUCACUGAGAACAUGAUCUGUGUUGGGUACCUCGAAGGCGGAAAGGAUUCCUGCCAGGGGGACUCCGGAGGACCGGUGGUCUGUAACGGGCAGCUGCAGGGUAUUGUCUCCUGGGGAUACGGUUGUGCUUUGAAGUACAGUCCUGGCGUCUACACAAAAGUGUGUAACUAUGUCGCCUGGAUCCAGAACGCCAUAGCCUCCAACUGAACCUUAACCACGGCAUCUGCUCUCCCUUCUCACACAAGACCAUAAAUAAACGAAUUUCAACAAAAUGUCACUGUAAUCUGCCCGUCGAAAGAAAACUUCAGAAAAAAAAAUUGACUUUUUGAAAUUUAUGCAUAUAUAAAAAAGUGGAUUAAAGCGGCAAAAAAUAUUCCACAUGAAAAAAAAAAUACAUAAUAGAUCUAUAAUAUUUGUAAUUAAUGAAUUUUACCCCAAAAAGUAUCUUAGUAGUUAUGGUAGUUUUGUCAGGCUUGAUUUUUCUUUAUAAACUUAUUUGUACUAAAAACGCAAAAUAAAAAUACCAUUUUUUUUUUUAACUGGA